AUGCCUGAGGGUUGGAACCAUACGCAACUCAGCUUACUGCCGAAAACUCUCAACCCUUCUGAUAUGAAAGAUAUGAGGCCUAUAAGCUUAUGCUCAGUUCAGUAUAAGAUCAUAUCGAGAAUCAUGUGUGAUCGACUCAAAAGGGUUCUUCCGGAUUUGGUUUCUGAAACCCAAGGUGCUUUUGUGGCAGGGAGAUUGAUCACUGACAACAUAAUCAUCGCUCAUGAACUGGUGCACGGGCUCAGGACUAAUCAGAAAGUGGGGGAGAGCUACAUGGCCAUUAAGACAGAUAUGUCGAAAGCAUACGAUAGAGUUGAGUGGAACUUCGUUGAAACUCUACUCGAAAAGAUGGGCUUUGAUCGUAUCUGGGUGAGAUGGCUUAUGGCGUGUAUCAACUCAGUCACCUUUGCAGUACUUCUUAACGGUCGUUCCCAUGGUUUCAUCAAACCAGAACGAGGUAUAAGACAAGGGGAUCCCCUGUCCCCUUUCCUCUUCAUACUGUGUGCUGAAGCCUUAGUGAGCAUCCUCAACCACGCCGAAAGCCAAGGUCGUCUUCAUGGGAUAAAGCUCACUGAAAAAACGCCGGCGGUGCACCACCUUUUGUUCGCGGAUGAUAGCUUACUGAUGUGUAGAGCAGACUUGAUGGAAAGCGAAGAGAUAUCGAGGUGCCUUCAGACCUACGGCAGCGCUUCUGGUCAGGUUAUUAAUACUUCGAAGUCAUCGAUUAUAUUUGGAUCGAAAAUACCUGAACCAAGAAAAGAAGAGAUCAAAAAUACGCUUGGGAUUCACAAGGAAGGUGGUGAAGGCACCUAUCUGGGUCUCCCUGAGGUUUUCAAAGGUUCUAAACGUGAUCUGCUCAACUUCAUAAAAGAAAAACUCGAAGGCAGACUGCAAGGAUGGUACUCUAAAACAUUAUCGAUGGGAGCCAAAGAAGUUUUGAUCAAAUCAGUGGCUAUGGCUCUUCCCAUCUAUGCCAUGUCUGUUUUCUUGCUUCCCAAGGAGUUAUGUGCCAGAAUUACAAGCGCAGUUGCAGAGUUUUGGUGGAGUAGUGGUGACAAGAAACGGAGGAUCCCUUGGGUUGCUUGGGAAAAAUUGUGCAAACCGAAAAAUAUAGGAGGUAUGGGAUUUCAUGACAUUGGGAGAUUCAAUCAGGCUCUACUCGGUAAACAGGCUUGGAGGAUAUGGAGCCAACCUGACUCUCUUGUGGCUAAAGUUUUGAGAGGAAGGUACUUCUCUCGUAGCUCUUUCCUUGAGUGUGGCACUGGUACACGCCCCUCUUUUGCUUGGCGUAGCAUUCUCCAGGGGAGAGAACUGUUGAAACAAGGUCUUUGUCGCUACAUAGGGAAUGGAGAGCAAACAAAUGUGUGGGUUGAAAACUGGAUCAUUGACACUGUGCCUCGCCCACCGAUGUACAGAGCAGAUAGUGUUAUUGAUCUCACUCUAAAGGUGUCCGACUUACUCAUUUCUGGCUCAGACAGGUGGAAUAGGAAUCUGGUGCUUCAGACAUUUACUGAUGAGGAUGCAGCUCGAGUACUCUUUCUAAAGCCAAAGAUCUCUCAAGAAGAUGAUUACCGGUGGGGAUUCACCGAGCAUGGAGCUUAUUCUACGCAAAGUGGCUAUAGAUUGACUGAAGCAAUCUUGGAACUAAAUGCACAAGGAGGCCGGACUAUACCACCAAUUGAAAAGAAGCUUUGGAGUGACUUAUGGAAGGUCAAGGCUCCUCCUAAACUUAAGCACUUCUUAUGGAGGGCCAUGUCUGGAGCUUUAGCAGUAAAAGAGCGUCUGCAGACCCGAGGAAUCCCAAUCAACAACACUUGUCAGAGAUGCGGUCAAGCCAGCGAAACCAUCUGCCACGCUUUGUUCACAUGCAAUAUGUCCCAUCAGGCUUGGGAGUUGGCCAACAUACCAUUGCCUCAAGUAGGCUUCUCGCGGAACUCGGUAUUCCUCAACUUGAUCCAUCUCAUCACUCUGUCAAAAAACCAUAACUCUGACGAUCGCAUACGACAAGUCUUUCCAUGGAUUAUGUGGCAAGUUUGGAAGGCAAGGAACUCUCUGGUCUUCAAAAACCUCCAUGUUAAUCCACACAAUAUAGUGGCACAGGCUUACGAGGAGGCAGAGCUAUGGCGACAAGCUCAAAACAUAGUUCCCGAUUCAGAGGAGGGGACGGUUAACAACAAAUGGCGCAAACCCCCACAAGGAUCUUUCAAAUGUAACAUAGGCUCUUCUUGGAGUAACUCUUUCAACCCAAGCGGGGUCUCAUGGAUAUUGAGGGAUUACAAGGGUUUUACCACUCUCCAUAGCAGAAGAGCCUACUCUGGUCUACGGUCCAAAGAGGAAGCUGAUCUUUAUUCUAUGUUAUGGGCAGUUGAAAGCAUGCGGGAUCUUCGUCAACAUCACGUUUCCUUUGAGUCCUCCUCUCCUGAGUUGAGACAAAUCCUGCUGAAUCCGUACCACUUCAAUCACUUCCACCACCUUGUAUCUGCUAUUAUGUAUAAUUUGCAGGCCAUCGAGGGGUGGAGUAUUCAUCACACAAGCCUUGAGUGCAAUUCGGCUGCAGGUGCAAUAGCUGCUUCAGUGACAACGGGCCGACGGUACCAAUCGUAUGUUGCUUCCAACGGUCCUGCUUGGCUCCACACUCUUUUAACAGUUGAAGCGGCCUCGUGA